UGCUCCACACCGUUGGAACCAGCCCCCGCUGUUUUCACACCCUGCUGCCAACUUGGAUGGAGUUCACAAGUUGCUGCUGCUCAGUGCUGAAGACAUUCUUUGUCAUCGCUACCUCCAGCUGCAAAAUUUCCUCAGAAAUCAAGUGGGAAAAAGGCCCCGCUGAAAUCUAAAUAUUAGGGCGAUUAAUAUUUAGAUUUAAAACGCCUUUAUCCCCUAGACCUUCACCAUGGAAGGAAAUGGACGAAUUCUAGCAGGCUCUCUGAUAUUCGCUUCAAUUAUUAUUUUGGUUCGAAGAAGUGUACAAGGCCUGCUGUACAAUAAUCGGUACGAUGGAGAUCAAGUAAUUCGAAUACUUCCAAAAACCGAACGAGAAGUGGAGGCAUUAAAAAAUAUCCAUGAACUGGUCAAGGUGGAUUUCUGGCAGCCCAGCAGUAUUCUUUCUGUUAAACCUGGUGUUCUUGUAGAUAUACAUGUGCCCAGAAACUGGUCUGAAAGAUUCUUUCAGUCACUUCUACAAACUGGAAUUGACUUUAAGAUCCUUGUUUCUGAUCUUCAGGGAUUAAUAGAAAUUCAAGGUGUCUCCAGAACUCGUGUGCGCCGUUCAACCCCUCCCUACAGCUAUGAAGUCUAUCAUUCUUUAGAAGAGAUUCAAAACUGGAUGCACCAGAUGAAUCAAUCACAUUCUCAGCUCCUUUCUCUUUUUUCCAUCGGAAAAUCCUUUGAAGGACGAUCUCUCCUUGUUCUUCAGCUUGGCAAGAGAUCAAAACAUUUAAAGAAAGCUGUAUGGAUGGACUGUGGCAUUCAUGCAAGAGAAUGGAUUGGUCCAGCAUUUUGUCAAUGGUUUGUCAAGGAAGCUUUGCAAACAUACCAUAGUGAUCUUUCGAUGCGACGACUUCUGAAACAACUGCAUUUCUACAUCAUGCCUGUGUUCAAUGUAGAUGGAUACCAUUAUAGCUGGACAACUGAUCGUUUCUGGAGAAAGACACGUUCCAACAGUACCAACUUCAAUUGCCACGGAGUUGAUGCCAAUCGUAAUUGGAAGGUCAAAUGGUCUGGUGAAGGUGCUUCAUUACAUCCUUGUGCUGAUACAUACUGUGGACCUGUACCAGAAUCUGAGCCAGAAGUAAAGGCUGUUGCAAGAUUUCUUCGUAAACACAAGAAACAAAUUCAAGCAUACAUUUCAUUCCAUGCAUAUUCACAAAUGUUACUAUACCCAUAUUCCUAUAAGGAUGCAAUCAUUCCCAAUUUCAAGUGUGUGGAAUCGGCAGCAUUUAAUGCUGUCAAUGCUCUUUACUCAGUGUAUGGUAUCAAGUACAGACAUGGGCCAGCUUCAAGUACUUUGUAUGUCACUUCUGGUAGUUCUAUGGACUGGGCCUAUAAACAUGGCAUCCCAUAUGCAUUUGCAUUUGAACUGCGAGACACUGGAUAUUAUGGAUUUCUUUUACCAGAAUCCCUCAUAAAACCCACAUGUACAGAAACAAUGUUAGCUGUAAAAAAUAUUACAAACCACAUUCUUAAGAAAUGCCCUUUGAGUUGAGCUAGUCACCUUCACCUGAUGAGAGUUUUUAAAUUUAAUUCAAAGCAUUUCAAAGUAUAACUUUUUGCUUAAGUUAACUUAACCAAACAUUUACAUCCCUUUCUACAUUCUGGCUUCAUAUGAAGUGUGGGAUAGAUAAUAAAUGAUAACUUUCCCAGUGACAAUUAAUCAAUUUGAAAAUAAAUGUAAGUAUUUUGGCAACCAUAAAUGACAGACAUUUAUUGCCAUAAGCUUCAUACUGUUACAC